AUGCAGCCUGUUGUCGAGGUUAGCAGUCUGCCUUCGGCGUCGUCCUUUUACUCCGCAAUCACUCAGCCUUUGGAUAUUCGCUAUAUCCCAUCGCCGCCUGCUGUUCCUCAAACCUCGUCAACACAUUCGCUAUUGUUACCGUCGUUUUCCUCAAAACCACAACCAACAAGUCCUACCAUUCUCUCGGUAACUCAGCCAGCGUUGUCAUAUGGUGCUGUUGGGUCCAAAGAGGCAGUUUUCCAGAUUCGCCAAGUUGUCCCGACAAAAGACAAGCCACUACGCACUUCGCACCUUGUUCUCGCCGCCACGUCUCUCAACGCCGUCAACGAUUUCCAUGCAGCUGCUUUGAAGGCCUUUCCCCGGUCUUCUGCCGUUAUUGGAACCCGGGCUAGUUUCGAGAGCGAUUCUGCCACCGCAAUCGGAACCGCUAACGCCGGCGCCGCUUCUCUUGAACAGAGCGACAUCUGCGCUCGCGUCACCGAUUUCGACGGCAAUACCAUGGAGGUAGCCUAUUUUCCAGCAUCGUACAGCUAUCCAUCUUAUUACGGUGGAUCGCCUUCUAGGCACCACCCAGCACACGACUACGACUACGACCCCAAUCGCGUCUUAUAUUAUUCUUACGACACACCCUCAGCCGAGCUCUUCAGUCCCCGCUCUGGCAGCGGCUCACGGUUUCGCGAGAUGCCUAACUCCUACGAAUACAGCUACCACGAUGUUGUCCCGGCCUCGUCUUCAAGCCGUUACCAAGGAAGCCGCGGCCGUACGGCCACGUUACGCCGGAGCGCCACGUCCACAUCCGGAGCUUCUUAUGAGGGUCCGUCUUCGUCCCGCUACUCAUCGCGGGAGUCAUUUAAGAACAUGAGCACUGCGGGCAUGCUCGGCAUGGCCGCCGUCGGCGCCGCCGCUGGCGCUGCUAUUACCUAUUCUGUCAUGCACAGCAGCUCUCGUUCGCGCAGCGCUUCUUCGCAUGGACACGAGUUCGACAAUGCCACAGCCAUUCCUUCGUUUCAACGGCGGUCCACCUUCCCGGAUUCGUACCAGGAGUACUCAGGAAGCCGCUAUGGUGGCCAUGACGGAGGCAUGCGAGGACGUUCUCAGAAGGCGACGCGCGAAGUUGAAGAUGUGCACAACUACGAUAGCGGCCGCGGUCGACUCACUUCGUCGCGGGAGUACCGGCCGAGUGGUGGGUCAGUUGGCGGCUCAGGGUCACGAGCCCGCAGUGAGGCGGCGUUCGAUCGCUCGCCGCUCAUGAUCUCAGACGGCGAGAUUCGUGGCAGCGGAAGCUACAUCUCCUCAUCCUCUCGGCACGGGCCGGCAGGGGCCCCCCCGCUUGCACUCUCUUCGUCUCGCCGUGGCUCCACCUAUGACUACCAUGGUAUUGAACCCGCAGAUCGUGCGGAACCAGACAACUACGUGUCCGGUGCCCGCAGCCACCGCUCCAUCCGUGGAAGUGGCGGUGGGGGUAGUCGGCUACCAUCGACACCGCCUAACGCAAGCCGCAGUGCUCCAGUGCGGCAGGGUAUGAGCCGCUCUGGCAGUUAUAUGUCCGCGCGUAACAUACCCCUGCCUCCUAGCGGCGCUGGUGGUAGCUAUCCCCAAUGGGACGAUGACAGCCAGUUUGGUGACGAUAACCGGUUCUUGUACGAUGACGAUAACGACAGCGUUGCGCCGAGUGACAGUAUCAGCUGUGUGGGAAGCCGCAGCCACAGUCGGCGGCACCGCCGCUAA